CAAAAAGAGGGGCAAUUAGAGAGAUUGGAAAAAGAGAAGAAUUUGAUUGGGGAGGAAUUGGAGUUGACUGGUGGUAGGAUAAAAGAAUUGGAGGGGGCUUUGAGGGGGGCGGAUGCUAAAAUAGCAGAAUUGGAAGCAAGAAUUAAGGAGUUGGAAAGCAAAGGGGACAAUAGCGAGCAAUUGGAAAGACUUAAAAAAGAACUUGCUGCUGAAAAACAAAAAAGUCAGCAAGCAAGAACUAAAUCCCAAAGUGAGAUAAAAAGAUUACAGAAUGAACUUCAGCAAACUAAAAAAAGAGAGGAAGAAUUGGCAGCCAAAAUAAAAGAACUAGGUACUAAAAAAGUAAAAGUUCAGGAAGUGGUUGAGAAGAGUUUUUGGGAGACGGUUAAGACUCCUCUGUUUUAUGGGAAGGAGCAGGCCCGAAAAGAAUCUAAAGCAGAACAAAAUAAAGAUGAAUUGACCGAUGCAACUGCGGAAUUAGUUUUUAUUCCGGUUAAUCAGCCUAACUUCCAUUGGUCGCUUCUUGUUUAUGAGGCUAAAACUAAAACUUUUUAUCAUUAUGACACUUUACGAGGGUGUGGAGUAGCUAUUUUGGCUAUUAUAAGGAGAAUUAAAGAAAAGUAUGGAGGAGAUAUGAAUAAUACUGAACUAGGAGGGCUUGAUUUCGCGAAAGAAAGAGAGAAGUUAAGAGAAAAAUAUUUACAAGAAAUUAAUCCUUAA